AUGGAUACGGUAAACAAUUAUAGGGUUUUAGAGCAUAAAGCUGCCGGUCACGAUGGCACACUAACAGACGGUGAUGGACUUUUAAUCUUCAAACCGGCUUUGCCACAGGAAAUGGAAUUCUAUAAAGCUAUACAAGCGAGAGGUAUGAACCAAAAGGAGUCACUGAGUGGUAGAGACGCUCCCUUAUGCUCUUGGAUGCCCACUUAUCUUGGGAUCUUAGAUGAAGGCACAAAAGUUGAGAAAAGUGAUAAAUCUAAAUUUCUGCAGAUAGACAAACGGUUGAGUGAUUCUACGGACAAUCUUGGCUCGAGCCAAGUACAGUCUGAAAAGGGCAAACAGUAUCUCGUUUUAGAAAAUCUACUCCAUGGGUUCAGUAAACCUAAUGUGCUUGACAUAAAGUUAGGCAAAGUAUUGUAUGAUUCAAAGGCAUCCUUAGAAAAAAAGGAGAGGUUGAAGAGAGUCAGUGAGACGACCACUUCUGGCUCUUUGAGCUUUAGGAUAUGUGGUAUGAAAAUACAGAAAAAUCCUGCUAUAAUAAAGCGGCUUUCGCCUGAAUAUUACGAGGAAGAAGCGGGUACUGAUUAUGUUUUUAUAAAUAAACUGUAUGGUCGUUCAAGAACCAAUCAAAACGUUCUUGAUGCGCUUGAGCUUUACUUCAAUAAUGCUCAUUUGUCGGAUGCGAGGAAGCAUCAACUGAAGAAGACGUUCUUGAAAAGAUUGCAGCUGUUUUAUAAUACCCUUUUGGAAGAAGAAGUACAAAUGAUUUCAAGCAGUCUUUUAUUUAUCUUUGAAGGAGAUCCCUCCCGAUGGGAUUCAUUAAAUGACGUCGAUAGACUUAUGAGAGACGAUUUUAUAGAUGAUGAGGAGGAGGAGGAUGGAACUGAUCUAGUAAAUACCAGCGGGGAACUAGAGGAUAGAGUAGCAAAUUAUUUGAGUUCUAUGUCACUGAUUGAUUUUGCACAUGCUGAAGUGACGCCGGGAAAAGGUUACGACGAAAACGUCAUCGAAGGUGUUGAAAAUUUGUUAGAUAUCUUUAUGAAAUUCUAA